CCUGGCCCCCGGCAGCCCGGCCCCCCGCACGGGAAGAUGGCGGUGGCGCUGCGACAGGGGUGCUGCAGUGUCCGUGGCUGUGCCGCGGCCUGCUUGUCUGGUACUGCGCGGUUUUUCAGCCGUGGGCCAAAUGUACUGCAUCAAGGCAGCAGUGCACCUCAAGCUGCAUUCUUUUCACCUCUUCAAAAAGUGAUGUUGCCACCAAAUACCUUUCAAGGGAAAGUGGCCUUUGUAACUGGUGGAGGUACUGGUAUUGGCAAAGGGAUGACAACAACUUUGUCCAGUUUAGGUGCCACAUGUGUUAUAGCAAGCAGGAAGCUUGAUGUUUUGAAAGCAACAGCAGAAGAAAUUUCUUCUAAAACGGGGAAUAAGAUUCAUGCCAUCCAGUGUGAUGUGAGAGAUCCAGUUUCUGUUAAGAAUGCUGUUGCCGAAGUAAUCCAAGUGGCAGGACAUCCUGAUGUUGUGAUAAACAAUGCAGCUGGAAACUUUAUUUCCCCUUCUGAACGGCUUUCUGCUAAUGCAUGGAGAACAAUAACUGAUAUUGUGCUUAAUGGUACUGCGUUUGUAACUCUGGAAGUCGGAAAGGAGCUCAUUAAUGCACAGAAAGGAGCGGCAUUUCUGGCUAUUACAACAAUUUAUGCAGAGAGUGGUUCAGGAUUUGUGUUGCCGAGCGCCUCUGCCAAAGCUGGUGUAGAAGCAAUGAGCAAGUCUCUUGCAGCUGAAUGGGGUAAAUAUGGCAUGAGAUUCAAUGUGAUUCAACCAGGUCCAAUAAAAACAAAGGGUGCUUUUAGCCGCCUUGACCCAACAGGCACAUUUGAGAAGAAAAUGAUUGAGAGGAUUCCCUGUGGUCGUCUGGGAACUGUAGAAGAAAUUGCAAAUCUUGCUGCCUAUUUCUGCAGUGACUAUGCAAGCUGGGUUAAUGGAGCAGUUAUAAGAAUGGAUGGUGGAGAAUAUGUUUCAAUGGCAGGAGAAUUCAAUGAUUUGAAGACGGUUACCAAAGAGCAGUGGGAUAUGAUGGAAGCAAUGAUUAGAAAAACAAAAAGCUCUUGAAGCACGUAACUGUAUGGUGGAGAUCUUUGGAAAUCAACCACUACUUUUUGAUUAAUAUUUAGAAUUAACCAGUUGAGGAAUAACCUUCAAAAUUGUUUGUAUGCAAAUUUCAAUAAAAUAUUUUGAAAUUGUCAUA